AUUCUGUUCAGCAGAGUUGAGAGAACGUCAUCCACACCUUCACUGAAAACUUUUCAGAUAUCAAGUAGGAGCUAUGGAUUCCAAAAUUGCUAAGACUUGUCAAAGCCUCACCACAGCUGAGGAGAUGAGAAACCAAACUAAGCUUGUGAUGCAGCCUUAUGCCAACUGGGAAGAGUACCUGACUCCCGCACCACUCUCCAUAGCCAUCCUGGGAGAGCUGGUCUUCAUCUCUUCCAAUACAGAUUUCUCCAUCAACAAAAACCCACCCAAAGACGGCUACAAGCACAUCAAAUACCCAGAUUCAUUUCGUGCCUGUCUCAUGCAAGUGUGUAACUCUGGCUGGUGGGCUUUCAAUGAGGCCCACAAGAACAUGGAUCAGAUUCGGCUUCACACCAUGGCUGUUCCAGACUAUAUGAAGACUGCAGUGAAGAUUCUGUUUCAAGGUAAUGAUGAAAUUGUUGAAGCUCACCUUCCUGACCAGCUGGAGAACAUUAGUGUCAUUGCAAAUGACUGUCUUGCACUGGCCGAAUCAACAGAAAAGAGAUUCACUGAUGUCAUCAUUAUUAUCCAAGAGCUGCUGGAAGCCUGUAUAAACGCUGAGCACUUUUAUGGUGAAGAGCUGGAGGAAAUCAAAAAGAAACUGGAAGAGAAUAAAAUUAGGAAAAAGUCAUCAGAAGAAGCUGCUAAACGCUCUAAGAAGGCAGUUAAAUUUAUGAAAAAGCAGCUGAAGGAAGCACAGGCCACCUACCAGAAAGCAAUGGAUUCCCUCCCUGAUGGAUGGAACAUGCUGGCCAUGGAGUUUGCUGGAGCAAUGGCGGAGAGUUUCACAUCUGUAGUCACUGGCAUGACGGCUAUAGUGGCUCAGCCAGUGGUGCCAAUUUUAAAUGUUUCAAAAACUAUUACAGUGGCAGCUGUAAAAGAUACAAAUUCUCCUGCAGAUGGAGUGGAUGAAAUGAACAUCUACAGCAAGUCUGCAGAAAUCCUGACGUGGACAGUGAAUAUUCAACAGUAUGUGCGCAGCAACAACAUUGACUGGAAGGAUCUGUAUGAUCAGAAAAACAAAUCUACAAAAACAGACUUUGUGAAAAAUCAGUUUGAAAGAAUCAACAGCAGCUUGAACAGUUUCCCAGAAUGUAAACCAAAGCAGCAUGCCAAAGAUUUAUGUGAAGAGGCAAUUAACAUCUGUGAGGAACUGGCAAAAUAUGCACCAGAUGGGAAAUGUGAAGAUAAGAAAACAAAUGAGUUACAUGAGCGAAUCAGAAAACUGAUUGAAUCUGCCCGCACUUUUGACUGCAAGAGCAAAAAUAUCACAAAAACUCCCUCCCUGAUUCCAAAACCACCCAUGUUGUCAAAAGAAGGAAGCAAGAUGCAGAGAGCUUUUGACAAGGGAACAGAGAAUGUCAGAUUUUCCGUGGAACAGAGCCGAGCUCAACUGGACAACACCAGAGAGCUCUAUGAUAAGAGUGUGGAGAACAUGGAGAAAAACCAAAAGGAACUGACUGAAAUCCUGAUCACCAUGAGAAACUGUGAAGUCAAAGAGAUAGACUUUAACACCACCAUAAAAAUGCUGAUCAAGGGGAUGGAUGCCAUGGGGAAAGUGAAGGAGCAAUGGGAGAAGAUGUCACGCUUCUUUCAGAUGGUGUCCAACAUUGUGAAAGUCAGCUUGACCACAACUCUCAAAGAUUUUGUCUCCACAUCUACGAAGACUCAGUCACUUUCCUACAACUCAAAGCUCUUCUCCAAAGAUCUGCUCUAUAGUCAAGCAUUUCAAGCCACUAACAUCGCCAGCCUCGUCCACAUGAUCUCAGCAACCUACACUGAAGUGUCUGACAAGUAUCUCAUGGAUCGUGUCAGCUCACUGGGGAAACUUAUGGCCAUGGACAAGACAAAAUCAGAGUUUCAAAAGGAGCGUCUGCAGCUACAGAACUCCUGUGAUAAGGCUCAGAAAGAUAUUUUACGCCUAGUUCUCAAGAACAAGGCUGAGUUUGAAAGGAAUAGUGACUCAAGAAUUAAGAAGAUUGACAAAGAGUUGUUGGCCAUUCUUCCCUCUGCUGCUCCAGAAGAAAUGAAAAGCAUUCAAGCAGCCGUCGAAAAUGGAUUCACAAAGGAGGAGGAAGCAGAUUACUGCUGAGUGUAUUUGUAAAAGUCUUACUCAUGUAGUGGCAAGAUUAAAUGAGAAUAAUAAUGACUAGAUUGCUUUGAUUUUCCCCACAUUAAUGUUGCUUAAUAGAUAAUGGAUAAGGUAUGGAUAAUAUCUGAAAGAUACACUAUAUUGAUAAAAGUAUUCACUCAAGCCCUGCAAAUCAUUGAAUUCAGGUGUUCCCUUCACU